AUGUCUGCAGACACAGCUCCCCCAAACAAUAACAACAACGCCGAAAUGUACACACGCAACAGACGAGGUUCUAUUACCCAAGCUGCUCUGACCAAUCUUUUCCAGAGAGGGAACUCUAUUCCCAACGGCAAUGGCUUUCCAGUUCAAUCAGGCUCAGUAGACAGUGGCCGUAGACGCCUAUCUGUUACCACUCUUGGCCUUUCGGGCACUUCGCCUACAAACACAUCUUUCAUUCGCCGAGGCAGCAUGUCCACCAACUCCAACAAUUCCGACUCUAUUGACGAGAGCGCUAUUGAAGAUGACGACAUGUACUCCAAGACUGUACCCAACACGCCUUUUGUUCGGCGAAUGAGCUUCGGCACUUCCAACAUGCGCAACAUUCGCCCUAGCGGCAGUCCUGGAAAUGGUAAUAACCCAUCCUCUCCUCCCACCUCUCAAAAUGGGCGACCUGUCACACAUGGUCGGAAGGCGUCGCUGGUAGGCUCCCCAGUUCAAGGGUCGAGCCUCGCGGCUGUUUUGUCCGCUGGACGUCGUCCCAGCCUCGCUUCUUCUGUUUCACAGGCAAGCAACACCAAACAUCCAAGAGCCACAUCUGACAAUUAUAAUUCGCGCCCAGACCAGCAAGGUUUCAACUGGUCCGAGCAGCUUAGGUCUCGUGCCGAGAGUUCCGUCAUCGGUGCUCCUCGCGCUUCCUUCUCGCUCGCCUCAUCCUCUCCGCCCCGAGGCUCUAUCCACGAUCGGGCAAAGUCCGUUUCCGAGAUGCCUCAGCCUCCGGUUCAAGCUUCUUCCGUCAAGCAGCAACCCAGGCAGCCAGAGCGCCCUAAGCCUGACGCAUUUCAGGAGAGAAUUCUGAAGGGUGACUUUUAUAUGGACUGA